AUGGCGCUGACCCCAGAGCUCUAUGACACCCCUGCCUCCCGGCUGGACUCCUUCGUGACUCAGUGGCUGCAGCCCAGCCGGGACUGGAAAGAAGAGGUCCUGGAGGCCGUGCGGACGGUGCAAAAAUUCCUGCGGGAAGAGCACUUUGAGGGGGAGCAUGGGCUGGACCAGGAAGCGCGGGUGCUGAAGGUGGUCAAGGUAGGCUCCUUUGGGAACGGCACGGUGCUCAGGAGAACCUCGGAGGUGGAACUGGUGGUGUUCCUGAGCUGUUUCCACAGCUUCCGGGAGGAGGCCAGGUACCACCAAGCCGUUCUGAGUCUGAUGUGGAAAAAGCUGUGGUGUUGCCGGGACCUACUGGCCCUUGGGCUCGAGAACGUGGAAAUAGUCCAAGGAGUCCCCGACGCCCUCGUCUUUACCAUCCAGACCAGGAAGACCGCAGAGCUCGUCACUGUCACCGUCGUGCCUGCCUACAGGGCCCUGGGGCCUUCUGUUUCCAACUCUCAGCCACCUCCUGAGGUCUAUGUGAGUCUGAUUGAGGCCCACGGUUACCCUGGAAACUUCUCCCCAUCCUUCAGCGAGCUGCAGAGGAACUUUGUGAAACAUCGGCCAACCAAGCUGAAAAGCCUCCUGCGGCUGGUAAAACACUGGUACCUGCAGUACGUGAAAGCCAAGUGCCCAAGGGCGGCGCUGCCCCCUGUCUAUGCCCUUGAGCUGCUGACUAUCUACGCCUGGGAAGUAGGUGCCCAGGAGGAAGAGAGCUUCAGGCUGGACGAGGGCUUUGCCACUGUGAUGGAGCUGCUCCAGGAGUAUGAGUUCCUCUGCAUCUACUGGACCAAGUACUACACAUUCCAGAACCCACUCAUCAAGGGCUUUGUCAGAAAACAGUUCAAAAGAGACAGGCCUGUCAUCCUGGAUCCAGCUGACCCCACUCACAAUGUGGCAGAAGGGUACAGAUGGGACAUCGUCGCCCAGAGGGCCUCCCAGUGCCUGAAACAGAACUGUUGCUAUGACGACAAGGAGAAUCCAGUCCCCAGCUGGACCGUGAAGCGGGCACGAGACAUCCAAGUGACCGUGGAACAGUGGGGUUACUCAGAUCUGAUCCUCAGGGUGAACCCUUAUGAACCCAUAAAGAAGGUUAAAGAGAAGAUCUGGCAGAGCCGGGGCUGCGUAGGCCUACAGCAUCUGUCCUUCCAGGAGCCUGGUGGCAAGCGACAGCCCCUCAAUAGCCGGUGCUCCUUGGCCUAUUACGGAGUCUUCUCCAACAUCCGCAUCUGUCUGGUGGAGACCAUCUCCCCCGAGAUCCAGGUCUUUGUGAAUCAUCCCAAUGGUGGGAGCCACGCCUACGCCAUUGACCCCAAAAGCUUCAUCCUGGGCCUGAAGCAGCAGAUUGAAGACAAGCAGGGGCUGCCCACAAGUCAGCAGCAGCUGGAGUUCCAAGGCCAAGUCCUGCAGGAUUGGGUGUCUUUGUGGAGCUAUGGUAUCCGGGAUAGUGAUACCCUCAUCCUCUCCGAGAAGAGAGCUGGAAAGUUUCCUUUUCUGCCCAACUAA